UCCAUUGCAUCAUCUACACUGGGGAUCAUGGUGCUUCCCCUGAAAUCUUGAUGGCCCGAGCCCUCAAUCGGUUUGGUGUCAAAUUAGUCUGCCCACCUAAGGAUAUAAGAACCUGUGAUGGCUGUUUUCUGGUGCAAACAAUGAGGAUUGGGAGGUGAAAAUCUGCUGUGGUUACUUUUGGAGCUUGAUCAUGGUCUGAGCAAGUGUAUCUUAAGGGUUUACAUCAGCUGAAGUGGCCAAGACUGGUAUUAACUUUCAUAUCUCAAACCUCAAGUUUAGCUUGCUUUUCCGGUUUAUAUCUAUAAUCCCGAGCUUAACUUGUUUGAUCAUGCUAUACCAUGAAUGUUUAUCAUCUGAGCAUGCCCAGUUUGUUGAUUUGAGGCUGUCUUAGUUGUGGUUUGGACCGCGGGAUGACUUGUUCUAUUUUAGUACUGUGAACCACACUUGUUUCAGCUUAUAGCAGCUUUACAAAUCUGUUUUGGAUUCUGAAAUUGUAAUAUAUUGCUGUGCUUGUUGGGUUAUUCGUAUGAGCAUGUCUACACAAUUAAUAUACUCUUGAUAGAACCAAAAUCCAGAAUUUUGUAGCUGUGAAAUACCUGAAAUACCCUAAAAACAGUGCUGCUGCAGAAACCGACUUGUGAAGCUUUCUUUGAAAUUGAAAAUUGAUAUUAACUUGCUUCAAAAUGAGAAAUGAUGAUUUGAGCAAGUGUACUAUGAUGAAAGAAAAUUGUGGGAGCUAUAUUCAAGAAGGUCCAACCUCCAAUUGACUCUUUUGCCCCUCAAACCAGAAAAAUACAGUAUCUGAUAUAUACACCUGCUGUGAGCCUUAAUUUUGCUGCUGGUUGUACUAUAUUGUUAUGCCCUUGUGUGUACAUCUUGUCCCUGCUAUAUAACAAGUUUAAUUCAUCAUAUUCAAGCUAAGGGAGCCUCUGGUUGUUGGAAAUUUGAGCUAUAUUAAGGCUGUCUUUGGCAAAAUUGAGUUUUAGGUUUUUAACCUAAAAUAGCUACUGUGAGCAUAUACAAAGCCAUACCUUGCUAUUUAAUUUGUUAUUAUCAUUCGAGCAAGUGUAUAUAUCCUAUUGAAGACCGGGGGAGUGAAGUUUAGGGUGUCCCUAAGGUCAUAUUACAAACUUACCCUUGAGAGGCUCGAUUUGGGGUUUUUGAAGAAAACAAGGCUGUUGAGCUAUCUCACUGUUAUUGCUUGCUUAUCAAACUGAGUUUAAUUCUCAAGCAAGUGUAUCCUGCCUAUACAAGCCUGUGAAAGUCAAAUGCAAGCCUGAACUGAAGCUACAUUGCAGAGUUGCCCCUUGAAGCUACAAAGCUAGGGUUUUUGGGGUUUUAGCUUAAAACUGUGAUAUCUAUGUUGUGCCUUGCUGUUUGCAUUGAUCUUAUCAACUGAGCAAGUGUAUUCUACCUACUGAAGACUAAGGGUGUGGAAUUUGGGUUGGAUCUGAGGCUAAUUUACAAUCUUACCCCUGAAGGCUCAAAGCUAGGGUUUUGAAUACUACAAGGCUGUUGUGUGCUAUCUCUAAUAUACCUUGCUGGUUUCACUGGGUUUAUCUCUUAAGCAAGUGUAUCUAAGCUAUUUGAAGCUGUAGAAGACAAUUUCAGGUCCUCCUUGAGGCUGCAUUGUGAAGUGACCAUUAUACCCUUGAAUUUAGGGUUUUUGCCUUGUAUGUUCUCUAUUGAUCUACCUUGCUUAUUUAAUUGAGGAAUUCAUUCAAGCAAGUGUAUUUGGAUGUGUCAAGGCUGUGGGAACCUAGUCUGGGUACCAAGUGAAGAUGCAUUGUGAUUUGACAGUUAUAUCCCUCUUGGUGCAGAGAAGUGAAACUAGAGUUUCUUGUGUUAUAUACUUUGAACUGUGUAUUCCAUCUAAUCUUGUGGUGCAGAGAUAAGUGGUGUUUUGACACUUUAUUGUAAAUGGUAGUGAGGCUUUGAUACCUUACCCUAUUGUUGAUUAAGUUAUUGAGAGCUUUGGAGUCCAAGCAAGGUUGCUUAGGACAGGGGGAGUGCAUGUGUGCACUGUGGUGAGCUAGUGUGUGAGUAUUGGUUGUGAAAACUAGUGUCUGUUCUUGUACAAGGGUGUGUGCAGAGAGUGAGAUAGCUGGGCGUGUCACAAGAUUUUUACAACUAGUGGAGGCUUUUAUUGGCUGAGGCCAAGAACCAAGGUUUUUCCCUAUUGAGAGGGUUUUCCUUGUAUACCUUGUGUUCAUGUGGUUUGGUUGAUUUUAAGUUGUGACAUAUCCUGUUCAACAUGUUCUCUGAUUAAGUGAAAAGAAGAGGAAAGUUUUAAUCUGACCAAUUCACCCCCCCUCUUGGUCUAACAGAUUGAAUCCCUUCUGGUAUGUUUAUGGAGGUUGUUGGUUCGACAUUACUGUUUUUUAAGGUUGAAGAUGAUGGGUUCUUCACGCGCAGCGUCUUGUUCUUUUGACCAAGUGUGGUUUUUUAAGCAACCUUUCAGAUCUAAAAGUGUAUUUAAUAGAUUGUUGCUGCCACCUGUCUUCACUUUUUAUUUGUGGCUGACAAUUGUUUUCUUAUAAAAUAUAAAUCUUAUCACAUUGUGAUUGUUUUACUCAGCAACUUGUACAUUUACAUUUGACUCCGUUAAGUAACUUUUUAAACUUUUACCUUUACUUAACUUUUUAACUUUUACAUUUACUUUUUACUCCAACUACUUGCUUUUCAAAUAAAUAAUAAAUGUUACAAGAUUGUCUUGUUUUUAUUUCAAAAUACCAUCCUACCCUCAAAUAAUACAUAAAUGGCCUAUACUUUGUAACCCGAUAUAAUAAGUAUAACCGUGUCCAAGUGUCCGUGUCCAAGUUUUGACCCUUUUUAGCCGAGUCCCUAUAUCCAAUAAUUUCAAAGAUGAAAGGAUCCGAUUUCUAGACAAGCACCCGUGUCCGACACCCGUACUCGAGUCCAGGUAACAUAAGUGAUUAGUAAUUCAUACCUUUGCAUAAUAUAAUUUUUGUUCUCAGAGGUUUCUAUUCAAUGAAUGAUUGAUGAGUAUUCUAUUGAUUUAUUUAUUAUUAUUAAUUUUUUUGGGGGGUUUCAGGUGGUACAUUUAUAUAACAGGAAGUGGAUUGAAGAAACCACUUACCCUCGUUUCACCAUGAUUGGUCAAAGCUUUGGUUCAGUCUAUCUUUCAUGGGAAGCUUUAUGCAAGUUCACUCCUCAUUACUAUUUUGAUACUAGUGGAUAUGCUUUUACUUAUCCAGUCGCACUCAUAUUUGGAUGUAAAGUUAUUUGCUAUACACAUUAUCCAACCAUCAGUUUAGACAUGUUAUCUCGUGUUCGUGGGCGGAGUUCAAUGUAUAAUAACGAUGCGUUGAUCUCUCAGAGCAUUUGGCUAUCCCAGUGCAAAGUCAUCUAUUAUAUAUUAUUUAGCAGGAUGUAUGGGAUUGUAGGCUCUUGUGCACACCUUGCAAUGGUGAACUCUUCAUGGACAAAAUCUCAUAUCGAGAAGCUCUGGGGAAAUCCGGGCCGCAUUAAGAGAGUUUAUCCUCCUUGUGAUACUUCAGGACUUCAGGUGCUUCCCUUGGAAAGACAAACGGAAAAUCCAUCAAUAAUUUCUGUUGCUCAAUUUCGUCCAGAAAAGGCACAUGCUCUUCAACUUGAGGCUUUUUCAAUUGCCGUCAAGAAUUUAGAUGUAGACUUGCCUAAACCGAAGCUCUUAUUUGUGGGUAGUUGUCGGAAUAAGGCAGAUGAGGAAAGACUGCAGAAUUUGAAAGAUCAAGCCAUUGAACUGAAGGUGGCAGAUUAUGUAGAGUUUUAUAAGAAUCUGAUGUACAGGGAUUUGAUGAGACUGCUUGGGAGUUCUGUUGCAGGGAUCCAUUCCAUGACAGAUGAGCACUUUGGCAUAAGCGUUGUGGAGUACAUGGCUGCAGGUGCCAUACCGAUUGCUCAUAAUUCUGCUGGGCCAAAAAUGGACAUUGUGUUAGAAGAAGAUGGACAACAAACUGGAUUUCUUGCGCAAACUGUGGAAGAAUUUGCUGAUGCCAUUCUAAAAAUUAUAAGGAUGUCAGAAUUGGAAAGACUCAAGGUGGCUGCGGCUGCAAGGAAACGGGCAGACAGGUUUUCGGAACAAAAAUUUUAUGACGAUUUCAAAGCUGCUGUGCGACCGAUUCUGGGAUAUAUGAAUGCAUGAAAAUAUCUCACGCUUCUAAUGUAACACUAGAGGGAUCUCACUUGUUUGAGAAUAGGUAGGGAAAGCUUUGUCAUUUUUCAAUAAUCAAAGGAAUCUCAUUUUUUCUCAAUCCACUUGAGGUGUUUCGUAUAAAAUUUUGGACCUCAGUAAUAUUCUUUUACAUCUUGCUUAAUAGCAAAAUGGAAAACAAUAGAUCAAGGAAAUGAAGCAAGUUUGGUUGAUUAUGAAUGAGAUGGGAAAUAAAAAGGUUUGAGUUCUUGCUA